UGUUUAUAUAAACCGUUAUAAAGAUUCCCGCUGGCGUAACCGUCAUGAACGUCUACGAAACAAACUCUGAGAAAUGAGAUAGUUCCAUUUGCACAAUGAGUCGCUUCUUCAGUUGACGCAAUCGAGCAAGAGUAACAUGAUGAGUGGGUUGAAUAAUGUUUCUGACGAUAGCCCUCGGCAAUCUCUUACCAUGCAAUUUUCUUCCCUCAUGAUCAUCGAUCCCGGCCGUUUAUCUUACGACAAACUUCCUUCCCAAACUCUCACUCUCUCCAUCCUCAAAUUGGAUUCCUCUUCCUUCCAUGUCGAAGUUCCAAAAACAGCAACUGUUGCGGUACUCAAGCAGGCUGUAGAGUCGGCUUUUAGUCACGUACCUCUGAAAGGACCCGAGAAAAUAUCAUGGCCACUUGUUUGGGGACGAUUUUGUUUAUGCUAUGAAGGACAGAAGUUAGUUACAGAAACUGAUUAUCUUAGAGAUUAUGGUAUCAAGGAUGGUGAUCAGCUUCGUUUCGUUCGCCAUGUAUCCAACAUCUGUAGUUUUCAAAGACAACCGUUGAAGAAAAGAAAUAUCAAUUUGAAACAACAUGGGAGAUCAUCAUCACAAGUGAAUGGAUGUCAACAGAAAGAACAUGAUGAUGAUGAUGAUGACAACAUUGGUUUAGAUCAUAUAGUGAUAGAGAAUGGGAAGAUCCAACAUAGCAAUGCAGAAGAAAAUUGCCUUGGAAUGAGCAGCAGGUUAACUGGAUAUUUGGGAGGGCUGUUUUCAGAGACCCGUAUGGCAGUUGUGAGGAAAGCUAGAAUGGAAGGUGGGGUUUGUCGUUCCAUGAUUUCCAAAGGUAUAGUGAGCAGUUUAAGGAAGGUUAAAGGGAUUGUAGGCCAUUGCAGGAGGCCACAUCGAAGACACACAUGGAGAGAGUUUUCAUCUUUAUGAUUUUAUUCUUUUGUCAAUGCAACACCGUUGAGGAUUUUAUUCUGCCACAAAUACUGUGGCUCAUUGUCAUAUUGCAUUACAGUUUAUUCUUUUUCAUGUACAGAAAAGAAUUUAUUUUGUCUUUAAAGUUCUGCAAACAUCGGUUGGUUUGCCAGAAAAACUAUAAAAGUUUAUACUAAAAUUCACAUCAAAUUUUUGGUGUGUUAAAAAUAAAUUUUGAAUAUAAAUAGGGAUGUUUUAUGAAAAGGUGAAUGAUUGUAUUUGAAAAUGGGUCUUAUAAAAAAUGAGUAGAAAGGUUUACAUUUGGGCCUGAGAAAUAUCUAAUAGAGCAGAGGCCCAAUCGAAAAAGAAUAUUGUUUGUUGCGUCCAACACCAAGCAGGCAGGCAGUAUCACACAAUCGUGUGGCAAAGAAUUCAGAUAGACCCUCCCCUUCCCAAAUCCUCCUUUUCUCCUACUCCAAUCACUACACACUACUCACUAACCCCAAA